AUGGUCAAGGAGUCGAAGCUCUACGACCAGCUGGCAAUCAAGCCUGAUGCCUCGCAAGAUGAGAUCAAGAAGGCUUACCGGAAAAUGGCCCUGAAGUGGCACCCCGACAAGAACAAGAACAGUUCUGUGGCGGCGGAAAAGUUCAAGGAGUGUUCUCAAGCGUACGAGAUCCUAUCGGACCCAGAAAAGAGAAAAGCCUACGAUACCUACGGCCUCGAGUUCAUCCUCCGAGGCGGAGCUCCGUACCCAGAUCCUAACGAAGCCGGCGGUGGUGGUGGCGGCAACCCGUUCGCUGGUGCCGGUGGGGUGCCUGGCGGGAUGCCGGGCGGGUUCCAGGGCUUCAGCUUUGGUGGGAUGCCGGGUGGCGAGGGUGGUGGUGCGCGGACGUUCCGUUUCAGCACGGGCGGUGGCAACGGUCACAAGUUCAGCAACCCGGAGACGAUAUUUGCAGAAUUCAUGCGUGGAGGAGCUGGUGGUGGUGGUGGAGGCGAUGAUGAUUUUGGCGACAUUUUCUCGAACAUCAAUGGCGGUGGUGGUGGGCCUAGGAUGUCGCGCGGAGGUCACCCCGGCUUUGGUGGCGGCGGUGGGGCUGAUCCGUUUGGACGCAGCGCACGACAGCACACGCCGGAGGUGACGACAGUUGAGCGGCCGCUUCCAGUUUCGUUGGAGGAGAUGUUCAAGGGCACGACGAAGAAGAUGAAGGUCAAGCGUAAGAUGUUCGACGACAAUGGCAAGCGGACGACGACAGACACAGUGCUGGAAGUGCCGAUCAAGCCAGGCUUGAAGAAAGGCAGCAAGAUCCACUUCAAGGGUGUCGGAGACCAGGAGGAGGGCGGCCAGCAAGACCUUGUGUUCAUUGUGGAAGAGAAAAAACACCCGCUCUAUACACGAGACGGCGACGACAUCGUUCUCCCGAUUGACCUCACGCUCAAAGAAGCGCUGACAGGGUGGAAGCGCACGGUGUCGACGAUUGACGGCAAGCAGUUCAACAUUGAAAAGUCGGGACCGACACAACCGGGGUCAAGCGACAGCUACCCGUCACAGGGGAUGCCGAUAUCGAAGAAACCGGGGCAGCGGGGCAAAUUUGUGGUCAAAUACAACGUCAAGUUCCCGACUACGCUGACGGCUGACCAGAAGCACAAGUUGCGGGAGAUUCUGUAA